UAUAAAUUCAAUAUGGCACCCAUCUUAGAUUGGAAAAAGCUUAUGAAAGUUGAUCCAGAUGCUCUUCCUCAUCAAGAGGAACUAGCAGAUAGAUUGCUGGAGACUGUAUCCAAGGUUGAUGGAAAAGACUUAAAAAAUGAAGCUUCUGAACAAUUGCUACAUCUUUUCAAAAUUACUCAGUCACUAAUGAAGAUGAAAGCUCAAGAGGUAGAGCUAGCAUUAGAAGAAGUUGAAAAAGCUGGAGAAGAGCAAGCCAAAUGUGAAAAUCAAUUUAAAACAAAGGUGAUGAAACUUGAAAGUGAAUUAGAGAUGGCACUUAGAUCUGCUGGUGGUCGUGAUACUCGUUUUUUGCGUGAUGAGAUCCGUCAACUGGAAAAACAAUUGGGACAAAAAGAGAGGGAGUUAACGGAUAUGGAAAAGGAAUUGGAAAAGGAGAAGAAAGUUAAUGAACAGCUUGCUCUUCGAACUGAAGAUGCGGAAAAUGAAAACAUCAAAUUAAGGAGAGAGAAUGAACAGUUGCGUCAGGAUGUAAUUGACUAUCAGAGACAAAUAGAUUCUCAAAAAGAAACGAUUUUGUCAAGAAGAGAUAAUUCUGAUUACAGAUCGCAAUUGUCCAAAAAGAACUUUGAGCUUGUCCAGUAUUUGGAUGAGAUUCAGAGCUUGACUGAAACUAAUGAGAAACUAGAUAUUCAAAACCAAGAAAUGAGAAGGAAUCUUGAGGAAUCCGUACAAGAAAUGGAGAAGAUGACUGAUGAAUAUAACAAAAUGAAACUGAUUGUGCAACAGUCAGAUAUUCUUAUGGAUCAGUUAAGAAAGGAGAAAGAACAAUAUAAAUUUCAAGUUCAGGAGCUUUCAGAUCAGCUGAAGGCAAAGAAUGAAGAAGAUGAUCCACUCAUGGCAGCAGUAAAUGCAAAAGUUGAAGAAUGGAAGAAAAUCUUGGCUUCAAAAGAUGAUGAACUUUUAGAGUAUCAGCAGAUGUUGUUUAACUUAAAAGAAAAAAUGAAAAUGGCCCAACUUGAUGUUGACAGAAACAAUGUUAUGGCCCUUCAGCAGGGUGUGCAAGAGCGAGAUGCUCAGAUAAGAUUGCUUACUGAGCAAGUUGAACAAUAUACUAAAGAAAUGGAAAAAAAUGCAUUGAUUAUUGAGGAAUUGAAAAAUGAACUACAAAAAGAUAAAGGUCUUUCAUCUCUUGCUCAGCAGAAUCGUAUUGGAGAAAUGCAAGAAAAGUUAAAACUUCUAGAAGAGAGAACUAAGGAGGCUGAGAAAUCAGCAGAGUUAGCAGAAGCAGAUGCCAGAGAAAAGGACAAAGAACUCAUUGAAGCUCUGAAACGAAUGAGAGACUAUGAAAUGGGAAUAUAUGGUUUGGAAGAAGCUGUUGCUGAAAUAAAAGAUUUAAAAAAGCAAACCAAAAUACGAGAUCAUGAGAUUGAAAUAUUAAUUAAGGAAGUCAAUAAGCUUGAACUUAAAAUAAAUGAUUUUCUAGAUGAAAAUGAAGAAUUGAGAGAACGUUUAGGUCUUGAGCCCAAGACAAUGAUUGAUUUAAAUGAAUUAAGAAACAGCAGAACUCUAAAACAGCAGCAGUAUAGAGCUGAAAACCAAAUUCUUUUGAAAGAGAUUGAAAGACUGGAAGAGGAACGAAUUGAACUGAAAAAACAGAUUCGUAGUCUGGCCCAAGAGAAAGGAAAAAUAGCUGCAACAUUAGGCUUGGAUGCUGGAGAUAUGCAGAUUAAUGACAGCUGUGCUGAGGAAAAGUGGACAAAUAAAGGGAAGUUGGAUUUCUUAAACACAGAUAAUCUUGCUGAAGUAAAAGCAAAGAAUGAGUAUCUUACAAAUGAGUUAAGUGAGAGAGAGAGAGAUCUGGAAAAAAACAGGACUGUAAUUGUCAAAUUUCAAUCGAAAUUAAAAGAAUUAUCAGAAGAGAAUAAACAUCUUGAACAAGGAAUGAAAGAAAUAUUACAAGCUCUCAAGGAAAUACAGAAGGAUCCCGGUAUGAAGGGAGGAGAAACAGCCUUAAUAAUCCCAAGUCUGGAUCGUUUGGUUAAUGCAAUUGAAUCAAAGAAUGCAGAGGGAAUCUUUGAUGUUAGUGUGCACUUGAAAGCUCAGGUUGACCAGCUUACAGGACGGAAUGAAGAAUUAAGGCAGGAACUGAAACAGACACGGAAGGAGGCAACAGAUUUCUCCAAUCAGUUGGCAAAUGCAAAUGAAAAGAUUGCACAACUUAAAAAUGAAGUUUGCUUAUUACGUCAAUCAGAAGGUGCCAGUGUUGUCUUCAGAACAGUAAAUCUUCCAGAAGGAAUGGCUUCUUCAAGUGUUAGUAUGAUUAAUUCUCUGAAUGAAUAUUUAAUACAUCUCCUACAGGAACUAGAAAGUAAAGAAGUCUUACUUAAGCAAUUUGAAGAAGCAGUAGAGGACUAUAAACGAAAAUUUGCAGUAAUUCGUCAUCAGCAAGGCUUGCUGUAUAAAGAAUAUCACAGUGAAAAGGAAAGCUGGCAUAAAGUGUCUGAAGAAUUGAAAGAGGAAAAGAAGAAGUUAGAAGAACAAAAAGAACAGGAUGCUACAAAAAUAAAGGAAUAUUCUAAUUUACUCAAUGCGCUUCAGAUGGAUCCCAAUGAAACAAAAAAAUUACUCGCAGAAAAUAAUAGAAAAAUAACUGUCUUGCGAGUUAAUGAAAGGUCAUUAACAAGGCAAUGUACCACCUUACUUGAAGUGGAACAACAUCUUAGAAAAGAAAAUGAGAAGCUAAAGGGUGAAAUAACGCAUAUAGAGAGCACAGUUACAGGGAAAAUUGGACACUUGCAACGGUUCAAGGAAAUGGCUAGCUUUAAGAUUGCAGCUCUGCAAAAAGUAUUAGAUGGUUGUGUGCCACUGUCUGAGCUAGAACUGGCUAAUAAGCAGUACAACGCGCUAACUGCAAAAUACAGAGAUACAUUGCAAAAAGAUAACUUGCUCGUCCAGCGAACCUCAAAUAUGGAACAUAUGGAGAGGGAAAAUGAAUCCUUGAAAGCACAGAUUGAUUCAUUGAAUAAAGAGCUGGAAAUUACAAAAGAAAAACUUCACACGGCAGAGCAGGCUUGGGAACAACUGGCUAAAAUGGGGGAUGACAGUGCAACAGACAAGGCCACAAAAGCUAUAACGAACAGUGAGAUUUUGUCCAUUUCUAAGAAAAUCACAAUGUUGGAAAUGAAGGAAUUAAAUGAAAGACAAAGAGCAGAACAUUCACAACGAAUGUAUGAACAUUUAAGGAAUACUUUAAAGGAAGUAGAAGAACGUAAUUUUGAAUUGGAAACAAAAUUUGCUGAGCUCACUAAAAUCAACCUCGAAGCACAAAAAGUGGAACAAGAAUUAAGAGAUGAACUGUCAAAUAGUAUAAGUAAGGCAGUAAGUGAUGCAGACAGGCGACAAAUCAUGGAUUUAGAGAAGAGUGAGAUGGAACUAAAGAUUGAAGUAUCUAAGUUAAGAGAACUGUCUGAUGUUGCAAAAAUGCAAGUUGGAGCUUUAGAGGCACGACAACAAUGCAGAGACAAAGAAGUGGAAUGUCUUAGAAUGCAAAUUUUAGAAUAUCAGGCACAGUCAGAUGAGAAAGCAAUUAUUGCAAAACUACAUCAACGUAUCAUAGCACUUCAAGUUAGCGAAUCCAGUGCUUUAGACAAGUUGGAAACAAUUGAAUUGAAACUACAGAAAAUGGAGAUCCAUAAUCUACGUUUAGAGCAGAAGCUUGAUGACAGAGAGCAAGCCUUAUAUUUUGCCCGACUGGAAGGAAGGAAUAGAGCCAAACAUCUACGUCAGACAAUUCAGUCAUUGCGGCGACAAUUUAGUGGUGCUCUGCCUCUGGCACAACAAGAAAAAUUCUCAAGAACCAUGAUUCAGCUGCAGAACGACAAACUGAAAAUCCUGGAAGAAGUUCAGCAUGCCCAGCAAGUGCGUCGAAAUGCCGAAAACAGAGCACUAGAAAUGGAGUUAAAACUAAAAGGUCUAGAAGAAUUGAUAAGUGCAUUGAAGGAUACAAGAGGAGCUCAGAAGGUAAUUGAAUGGCAUAUGAAGAUGGAGGAACUCCAUUUGCAGGAACUUAAACUGAAUCGAGAGUUAGCCAAGCAAAAGGAAGAGAUGAAAUAUUUGAAUAAUAUAAUUUCUGAAUAUGAAUGUACAAUCAAUAAUCUGGAAGAAGAAAUUGUACAGCAGAAUAAGUUUCAUGAAGAAAGACAAAUGUCUUGGGACCAGAGGGAAGUAGAACUGCAGCGCCAGUUAGACAUAUAUGAUCAUCAACAAAAUGAAAUACUUAGUACUGCUCUAAAGUUUGAAGAGGCCACAGCAUCAGUUCCAGACUCUAGUUUGCCCCUUCCACAGCAGCUUGAGAUGGCUUUGAGAAGAAAUCAGGAACACAUUCGAACGAUCUUAGAAACUAGGUCAACAUGCAAAUCACUAGAGGAGAAAUUAAAAGAAAAAGAAACUGCUCUGUGGAAAGCUGAACAAAAUGUUCUAUCAAGAGACAAGGUUAUAAAUGAACUAAGACUUCGAUUACCUGCAACAUCAGAAAGAGACAAAAUAAUAGCUGAGUUGGGCAGAAAAGAAGAUGAUCCAGAGUACCAUCAUGCCAUAAAAAUUGCUCAUCAAACCAUUGCAAAUAUGCAAGCAAGAUUAAAUCAGAAGGAAGAAGUGUUAAAGAAAUACCAGCAUUUGCUUGCUAAAGCAAGAGAGGAACAAGAGGAAAUAGUCAAGAAGCAUGAAGAAGACCUGAGAGUACUACACCAAAAGUUAGAUUUGCAUAAUGAUAAUUCCCUUAAUAAAUUCAAGCAGACUGCUUUGGAGUUAAUGAAAAAGCCUUCUUUGACACUUCCUAGCGACAAACAUUUCCUCCGUUUGGCUGAAAUGGAGCAAACUGUAGCAGAACAGGACAAUUCUCUUGCUUCACUUGUUAUCAAGUUAAAGAAAACAUCAUCUGACUUGGAAAAACAGAAACAAAUUACUUCAAUGAAAGUCAAAGAGUUUGAGAGUAUCAGGGCCCAACUUCAGGAAAAGCAUGCAGUUGAUGUGGAGCACCUGAAGAUGGAAGCAAAUAAAUUGAGGAACAUGUUAUCUCAGGUGGAAAAUGAAUUAGUGAAUGUAAAAGCUGAACUACAGUCCCAAAAAGAAGCAAAUAAUAGAGCACCCACAACAACACUGAAGAACCUGGUGGAACGCCUAAAGAGCCAGUUAGCCUUAAAAGAGAAGCAGCAAAAAGCGUUGAGUAAAGCACUUCUGGAACUCCGAGCAGAAAUGACUGCUAAUGCUGAGCAGCAGAUUAUUUCUGCAGCAUCACAGAAAGAGGCCUACAUGAAUGUCCAGGAGAUUGUUGAUAGACAAACAAAGGGGCUAACAACACAGAUAGAAGAAUUAAACGAUCAGGUUACAAAAUUUAGAGAUAAUCUUAAAAUAAGUAAAAACAAGGAGAGCUCUUUGUUAAAUGAAGUUGAUGAGUUGAACCAAGAACUUCAAAGGAAACAAAAAGCAUUUACUAAAGUGAUGAGAGAAAAAAAUGAAAUGGAAAAAGAAAAUGAAGAACUAAAGAAAAGGAUUAGGAGGCUGACCAGUAGUAUUCAGAACAAAACUGAUGAGCAAAAUCUGAUAGAUGAACUUCAGAAAAAAGUUAAAAAGUUGGAAAAUGAACUUGAGAAGAAGUGUGAAGAAACAGAAAAGAAAAAUAUAAGAGAAGACAAGGUCUCCAAGGAGGAAAUAAUUAGAUGGGAAGAAGGUAAAAAAUGGCAAGUCAGAAUGGAAGGGAUGAGGAACAAACUAAAAGAGAAGGAAAAAGAAAUGGAUGCUUUAACCAAACAGUUCAAUACACUGAAAGAACUUUAUACCAAGGCUGAAAAAGAGAAAAUUAUUCUACAGAAGAAACUGAAAACUACUGGUGUUACUGUUGACCGCGUUGUUGGAGCGAGAGCCUCAGAGACUGAGAAAGAACUGGAAGAACUAAGGAAACAGAAUCUUGAUUUAGAAAAUGAAAUUGCUCAUAUGAGAAUGCAGCAAGCUGUUCCAAGAGAUUCUGUUGUAGAAGAGUUACAUUUUAAAAACCAAUACCUUCAGCAAAAGCUUAAUGCAUUGCAGAGACAAAGCUCAGGAGAGACAUAUUCUAGACCUUCGACAUCGGGAAUAGGAUCAGAUCAAUAUCGAAGAGAGCAAGAAGUACUAAAGGAAAAUUUGAGACUGUCUUCUGAAAAUGUUGAGCUGAAAUUCCAGUUAGAGCAGGCCAAUAAAGAUUUGCCGAGACUAAAGGACCAAGUGGGUGACUUAAAAGAAAUGUAUGAACUUCUCAAAAAAGAGAAGGCAGAAAUUGAACGUAAGCUGGGCAAUGUUAGAGGGUCUGGUAGAAGUGGAAAAACAGUCCCUGAACUGGAAAAAACAAUUGGUUUGAUGAAAAAAGUUAUAGAAAGAGUCCAAAGAGAAAAUGAAGAUCUGAAAAAAGCUCCAAGUGUUGUUUCUAAUGAGAAGUUACGAAGUCUUGAACGGGAAAAUGAGAGGCUGAAGUCUGAAGUGGAAAAAAUGAAACUUCAUCUGGGUGGCCACCUAAGUACAGAUCAUGAAUCAAAAACCAAAGGCAUAGAAAAAGCCAUUACUGAAAAUGAGAGACUACGUAAAGAACUGAAAAAGGAAAUUGAUGCUGGAGAAAAGCUACGAAUAGCAAAGAAUAACUUGGAAGUAUUAAAUGAGAAGUUAACAAUGCAGCUGGAGGAAAACAUUAAGAGGCUAAAUUUGGCUGAGAGCAGAGACCCUCAGGUUGAUGGAGCUGACAACAAAAAUUGGAAAUCACUUGUUGUAACAAGGAUGUAUGAAACUAAGGUGAAGGAACUGGAAACUGAUAUUGCUAAAAAAGACCAAAGUAUUACUAACCUUAAACAGCUGCUUCAAGAGGCGACAGAACGUGAAUGCAAUGCUGAUAAAUGCUUAAAAGAUUUAAAAGAACAAAUUGAGCUUCUCAAACGCUUGCCUGAACAGGCUAGGACAGAAGAAGGCCUCAUCCGGGAGCUUCAACUUUUAAGAUUAACUAAUAAUCAGUUGGAGAAUGAGAAAGCAGAGCUAGCUCACCAGGUAGAAGUUUACAAGCUACAAAUAGACACAAAUACGACUGAAGGCCCUGCAGCUGGACAUAAUGGAGUCAUAGAUAGGAAUAAAAAUGACAAGUUAAUGACAGAAGUAGCUGAUCUGCAGAGAAAAUUGCAAGCCUCAGAACUGGAAAAAGAACAAUUAAAGGAAGAAAUAAAAAAACUAAGAAAAGAACUGGACAACUUUGACCCUUCCUUUUUUGAAGAAAUUGAGGACCUGAAAUAUAACUACAGUGAAGAAGUGAAAAAAAAUAUUAUCUUAGAAGAAAGACUAAAGCAGCUUUCUGAGGAUUUUGGUAUUCAUGUGGACAUUCGAGCCAAUACUUCUGAUGAUUAGGCUAUGUUUAAUAAAUUCAGUAUCACUACA